AUGUGUUUGAACACCGGCCAUCCCUGCAACUGCCUGACCGAUGGCAAUCCCUGUGAACCAUGCAGGAUGACAGCCAAAGACAGGGAGACGGAGGAAGUCCACCUCUCCAACAACAUCAACACACCGAGUCGAGCGGAGAACACAUCCGAACCCGACCUGGACAUCUCCUCCAGUGGAGUCGUGAGGGAGAGGGAGCGAAACUGGGGAUGGAUGCUUUCUGGAAUCAUCUGUGUAAACAUUCUGAUCCUGGGCUGCGCCUUGGCCAGUGGCAGCGCUCACAACGAUGUAAACAUCAAAAUCUAUCAUGUGCAGAUUUAUCUUAUUAUCCUCCUCCUCCUCACCUCCAUCUGGAUGAUUUAUUACAUCACCUACACAACCAGGAAAGAAAAUGCUGUUGUUUAUCAGGAUGCCCAUGCUGGACCGGUAUGGCUCAAGGGAGGACUUGUGCUAUUUGGACUGCUCAGUAUUAUCAUGGACAUUUUCAAGAUAGCCAGCUAUGUGGGCUACCUCCACUGUGAUUCUGCUGUGAAGGUUGCGUUCCCUGUGGUGCAACUUGUUUUCUUACUUGUGCAGACAUACUUCUUUUGCAUCCACGCCAAGGACUGUGUGCAGCUACAAAAGAACAUUACACGCUGUGGGCUGAUGCUCACCCUCUCCACAAAUCUGGUUGUGUGGAUGACAGCAGUCACUGAGGAGUCCGUUCACCAAACAACUGUUCCCGACUAUCCAAGCAAUGACACUAAACUCUCCGGACGAAACCUGUACAUCAGUAGAGCAGGUUAUGGAGACGAUAAGUGCAAGUGCAGCCACACUUCAUGUAGCAUCUUCAAGGAAGCCUACUACUACCUGUACCCCUUCAAUAUUGAGUACAGUCUCUUUGCCUCUGCCAUGGCCUAUGUCAUGUGGAAAAAUGUAAGUCGAGUAGCAGAUGAACACCCCCACCACAAAAUCAAAUUCCACCUGAAGGAUGUAUUUCUGGGUCCAGUCAUGGGAGUUCUCUUAGUGGUGGCAGGUCUGGCAACCUUCAUCGCAUAUGAGAUGGAAAUGAAAAAAAAAGAUGAUGACGAUUACAAGAAAGACAAAGCAGUGAUGAUGCACUUUGUCAUGAAUAUAGUCAUAGUUACCACGAUGUCAGUUUCCACCGUGAUUGGCUGCGCUGUCUACAAGGUGGACCACAGGGAACAUGUAUCAGAGAAAAACCCCACACGCAGUCUAGAUGUGGGGCUGCUGGUGGGAGCCUCACUGGGACAAUUUAUCAUCAGCUAUUUCACCAUAGUAGCAAUGAUUGGAACUGGAGCAAAAGGCCAUUUAAACAGACUAAACCUGGCCUGGGCUAUCCUGAUGGUGAUCCAGCUCGGCCUGCAGAACUUUUUCAUAAUCGAAGGUCUCCAUCGGGAGCCCUUCCACGAGGUGCACCCAAUCACUGUGGUUGCAAAUCCAUACGUGCUGCAGCCAGACAAAGAUCUGAGCAGCCUUGAAGGAUCAAACAUGGACACAAAGCCAAGCCCAGUACUCACAGAGCACACCCUGCAUGGCCACUCAGCUGAGCACAGACCCAGACUGUCAUGGAAGAGACGAGUGUUGAAGGAGGUCUGUGCGUUCCUACUGAUGGGCAACAUCAUACUGUGGAUCAUGCCAGCAUUCGGCGCUCGUCCCCAGUUUGACCAUGACACCGAAACUAAUUUCUACAACUUCAACAUGUGGGCUGCUGUUGUCAAUGUUGGACUUCCAUUUGGCAUCUUUUACCGCAUGCAUUCAGUCGCCAGUCUGUUUGAGGUUUAUCUGACCUCAUAGCACUACAGGACAAACAAACGUGUCCAGCCAACUGCUUUGACAUUAUAAAGCUGUUUUGUAUAAAUUGUACUUUGUUAUGAUGAUGCUUUGUUUUAUUGUUACUUCCCUCUGUUUGUGACAUAGAUACUGACUGACGAAUAUCAUCAUGUGAUGUUUCUCAUCAUAUUAUAGCCUGUUUAUUUUGAUGUCUCUUGUUAUGUUGUAGCCCGUAUUCAAUUUAUUCAAAAUGUUAUCUCAGAAAGUGAAAGAAAAAAAAAUCCAUUGUGAAGCUGAUCUUGAACUUUUAUGUGUCAGCCUGUAUGUGCAGUAAAUAAAGAGAAGCAAU